GAAGGUAGUUGGACACAUCAGCUCUGAACUGAAAACUAUAUAGUGGCAAUUAGCACGGCACAGAGAUUGGGCUAAUGAACUUAGCGCCAGACUAUGUUAUUCCCGAGCUCAGCCGCGUGCCGCUGCAGUGGUUCGGCAUCUGGGGGGGGGGGCUCGUCUCCAGCUGCAGAAAACUUGGGUUUUGUAGAGACAGGGAAGAGAAGGUAAUCCUCACUUUGUAUGAGUUGCCUAAAAUAUGUGUAGAGCAUUUCUCUGUGCUUAAUCUUUUUUUAUGUAUUUUUAAAUGUGCCCAUAAACCGAGCGGUGCCACCAUGCAGGGUGCUCCGGCUUGCUGAGCGUGCUGGGGGUGCUGCGCUGCCCCGGGGGAGCUGGAGGCACCGACCCCGUGUCAUUGCUUCAGGGACACCAAGCAAGGACCGUGCCACCUCAGCGGCUCCGACCGCCACAGGUUUUCUGCUUGAGGAGCUUUCCCGUGUCCUCUGCGGAGCUCGGGAUGGAAGGCACCAGCAUGGCCAGCAGCUAUCUCAGUGUCGGGACGUGCCAGUCCAACCAAUAAAGCUAAAUGGGUCCAGUCACUGGAAUGACUCCGGAUAAGAAAGCUGAAACACCAGGAGCAGAAAAAGCCGCGGGACUACGGCAGUGCCACGGGAUGGGAAGCUUGCCCGAUGCAGGGGAUGCUGGCAAGCCAAAGGCCACCGUGGUGGACAGAGAUUCGGCGGACGACGAGCUCACAAAUUUGAACUGGCUGCAUGAAAGUACUAACCUUCUAACAAACUUCAGCCUCGGAAGUGAAGGUCUUCCGAUCGUUAGCCCCUUGUACGACAUUGAGGGCGACAGCGUGCCAUCCUUCUCGCCGUCCUGCUACCAGAACCCUGAAAAAAAAUCCUCCACUUCCAAACCCCCUUACUCUUUCAGCCUGCUCAUUUACAUGGCCAUCGAGCAUUCCCCCAACAAGAGCUUGCCAGUCAAAGAAAUCUACAGCUGGAUCCUGGAGCGCUUCCCCUACUUUGCCACGGCACCCACUGGCUGGAAGAACUCAGUCCGACACAACCUCUCCUUGAACAAGUGUUUCCGAAAGGUGGAAAGAAGCCAUGGCAAGGUGAAUGGAAAGGGUUCGUUAUGGUGCGUUGACCCAGAAUAUAAGCCUAACCUCGUGCAAGCCCUGAAAAAGCAGCCUUUUCCCUCAGCGCUUGCAUUUUAUACUCCACCAGCGUCACCACCAAGUAGGUCAGCGUCCCCUCACUACCUAACUUCAGUCCUUCAGCAGAACCACGGCCGAUCUCUCAAAGAAUGCGAUAUUGAUGCUGCUACUGCAAUGAUGCUGUUAAAUACUUCCAUUCAACAAGGGAUGCUGGACUGUGAGAAACCUCAGCCUCUGAAGACACCGAAGAAGAGGAGUUACGGCAGUGCGUUCAAUCCUCCCAGUUCCAUGAACCUGCAGGAAAACGAUUCCGCGGCCACCAAUAUCGAUCCGAAGGAGGAUCACAACUACAGUGCCAGCAGCAUGGGCUCCCAGCGCUGUGCGUCCCGGUCCAGCGUGUCUUCCUUGUCCUCCCUUGACGAGGUGUACGACUUCAUCUCCAAGAGCAGCCAUGACGGCAGCGAUGGCAGCGAAGGGUUUCACAGCGAAGUGGAUACAGACGUUGACUACGAAGAUGAUCCUCUUGGAGACAGUGGCUAUGCCUCGCAACCUUGCGGAGAUACCUCUGAGGAAAGUCAGCCUAACAACAAAGCACUCAAGGAGUUAUGUCAAGAGAUCGAUGAGGAGCUGAAGGAAGCGGCAGGGUCUCUGCUCCACCUUGCUGGCAUCCAAACAUGCUUGAGUUCCUUAAUAAGUACUGCAAAGUCCCACUGUCACAAGCAAAGGAAAAAAUAGUGUGUUUGUCAGUGUUGAAUAUAUACAUAUAUUUUUUUUAAUUGUGGCAAUACUCUUCUACUUUUACCCUUCACAAGGGAGAUCAAAGCCAUAAGAGGACUCAUUGCUUUUUUAUUUUUGGCGCUAACUAUAAUUUAGCCAUUUAUUUUUAAAUCACUGCCUAAAAAGAAAAAAAAAUAUUUAAUCUUCUCAAAUUAGAAGAGAUGCAUGACUUGUGAAAACCUGAAAGCAUACUUCUUAAUGAUCACUUUUAAUUUUUUUUUCUUUUUAAUAGUCAAUUUUAUUUUUUCCUCCCAGAGAUAUGUCUGUUCAGAUGCACAUUGUGGAUCAUAUUUACAUCUCUGCUGGCUCCAUCUGUAGAGGUGAACCUUGCCCUGUCUAAGGGCUCUGACUUCCAUGUAAAAGACUGAAAAGGAGGAGAAAAAAGAAAGAAAGGGGGAAAAAAAGGCCCUGGCCUCAGUUGGCUUCUCCUGCUUGUCCUCUGUUGGCUCUUCUGAGACAGGUCCCAGUGGAAACGCUUGUGAAGCAACUCCAGGUGGCUGCAGUUUUCAGCCCGUGUGACACAGCAGCUGAAAACCUGUAGCGCCUCAGGAGCUGCUUCCAGCCAGAUGCUCAGUGCCCCCUGGAAGAGUGGGGACAAAGGGUGGCUCAGGUGGGUACCAUCUGCAGGUUUCUUUUUUUUUGCUCCUUCCCCCAAAUCUGUUGUGUGGUCAGAUUCCUGAAGGAAAACAGGUGGGGUUUUUUUUAUCCUUCUCUGGGGGCUUUUUUCUUGGGGGAGCGCAUGUGUGUGUCCUUCCCGUGCAGGUGCCCGCAUGCAUACGCAUGCCUUGGGUGUAGCUGGCAGUGAAAGCUGCCACUCACCAAGUUUGAUGUUGUCCUCACGUUACCACCACUGUUAAAUGCGUAAUCCUGCCACAUCCACCCUUCUGCCCCCCUAUCCCGAUGCGGGGAGGGGGAAAAAGAACCCAACAGUUGAUGGUGGUGACCACCUGGAGGAGGUGGAGGCUUCAGGUGGUGAAAAGCUGCUGAAAAGGGCACAUCUUACCCCGAAUCCCCAAAUAGAAUAGCUUCCUUUUGGAUCGGUGAACCCUGAAUUGCUUUGGGGGUUUUUGCCCCUUCCCCCCAGUGCUCACUGGUUUUGUCACAUGGGCUGUCCACACCUUUUGUUUCCCAGAUGACUGUGCCUUGUGCGUGUGACCCCUGCCAGCCUCCUGCCGCCUGCGGGGUACCUCGCGUAGCCUUUGAGUGUACAGCGUAGCUCGGGAGGACCUCUCUGUUCGGGGAAGAAACUCCUUCACAAUUCAUUUUUGCAAUAAAAGAACCUCUUUAUAGUUCCCAGACAUCCUUCAGCCAAAAAUGUUUUAGUGGUAUGGUGAAACUUUUUUCCUCCAUUUUUUUUUUCCUUUUAAAAUCAGUGGUUAUUGCUUACAUGUUCCUGUAGAUGAUGCCACUUUUUUUAGUUUCUGUUCAAAAAUGGGUAAGCAGUUCUGUUGGAGUGGGUUUUAACAGUACUGUAUGUUAUAAGGAUGCCUUAAGUAUGUUGCAGAAUUGAUACAACUAUCAAAGGUCAUCUUUCCUGUUUCUGAAAGGCAGCAUGAUGUGCCAUAAAUGUUCUCACUACCACGUGAAGCUAUUGCUUCCAGCAGGCGUCGGGCAAGCUGGUCGAAAAUUAGGAGCAGAGCCACCUAGGAAACCAAUGUCCACUGUUUUGGUUAUUGAAAACAGUGCUGGAUCCAGCCAAAAGUUCACCUUUCCCUAACAGGGUAUUUUUCUGGCUAUGUGGAGGCCUUUCUUAGAUCAAUGUGGGGGUUUGAGUUGGGUUUUUUUUUUCUUGUGGUUUUUUUUUUCCUUGGUUUUUUUUUCUUCUUUGUCAGUCUCUUCAUGAAUACUUCCAUAAACUGUCUGUUUCAAAUACCAACACAGCCGUGCUGCCGAAGGUCUGUUGCUCUGAGGGCCUCUUCCAGUGCCUCUUGAAGACAACGGUGGUGCUCCCGCUGGCUCGAUGGCUGUUGGAUCAAGCCUGAAAUAUUUUGAGGUGGUUUGUGUUUGGGAAUUUAAAGCCAACCUUAUGGGGUUUUUUUAAAGCACAAACACUAGGAGAAAAAGUGUUGUGUUGGGGUUUUUUGCUUGGUUGUUGGUUUUUUCCCCCAGUUACUUCAGUUUAAAAAAUUAUUUAUUUCUUGAAAGGGAAGAAGAAUACUCUGCUGCAUCCCUGCUUUGUGUGAGCACCCAUUAGCCUACACCCAUAACAGGGCAGCAUGUGUGCAGACGUGUAUGUCUUCUGGAUGUCACAAGUGGUGCAUUAGCCAAUUAAAACUGUUAUCGGAUGUGUUACUGAUGGAUAGCAGGGGUAAAACUCGCGAUUUCAAAGAAAAUGAAGUACCAGCGCAGUGGUUCUUAGGAUUUUGGAGUGUGGAGGUACGAAUGCUUGGUGGAACUGCUUUUUGCUCACGGGUUUGCUUUUGUACCUUGAUGGAAAACUGCCAAGAGUGGAGUUUGUGUCAAUGUGAAAACGAGGAUUCGGCUACACAGAAAUAGUGUUAGCAGCCUGGGAUUUUGCUUGGUGCCAUGAUUUCAUUUGCAUGCUGUUGAAGAGGGGUGCUAUUGGGCUCCCGCUGAAGGUGGCUGCAGCUUCUCUGUAGCUUCCAGUGAAAGCUGGAUCGAGGUCCAAGUAGUCUGGAAAGUGCUCCAUGGUUUGGUUUGGUUUGGUUCUGAAUUAUUUUUUUGCCUCAGAUGACAUUUGAGAAGGUUAAUACUUACUAGGAGUGUGGCUGUGCUGCUGUUAACCCUGAAGUUGGUGAUGACUACUUCAGAAUUUCGGAAGGGAUGGGGUUGGGAUGCUAACACUGCAUUUAAUUACCAUAUGCAACAAGCAAUAAAACCAUACUAAUCUGAAGUUAGUGGUGAAAGCUGCAUCCAUCCUUACAGCUUUUAGCCUGGGAGAACUGGAAUUGUGGAAGGGGGGAAGUAAUGGCAGCCUUUCCCCAGGACGCAGAGCACCUUCAUGCUUUGCCGUCUUCUCUCUCUCCUUCCAAAGGAGAAGGCAGACGAGCAGUGCUCCUGGACCUGUUCUAGCACGUCGUCCCAUGCCUCUGCCCGUACGUUUGGGCAGGCAAAGGCUUCAUCUCAGUUGCAGAGCACCCCUCUUGGUAGUGGGAGAAGAGCUGCCCUUCCUUUCGCUUACAUAUCUAGCAUCGGGUUUGGGUUUGCCACCUCAGUUAGAGACCCUGGUGUAUAUAGUAUAAAUGGAGUAUAAUUAAAAGUUAUUUUGAUUGUUGGGUUUGGGGUUUUUUUGGUUUGGUUGGGUUUUUUUUUUGUUUUGUUUUGUUUUUUUAGUGACAUAUGUAAAAUGUUCAUGCCAAUGAUUGACUCGGAUAUAUUUUGGCAAGAAAAGUAUUAAUGAACCACAUUCAAGUCUUUAAAUACAGUGAAGAAGUGUAUGAGAGUCGUGUAUAAGGGAGGCUGCUCUGUUCAGGAUAAAUCUGGUGUGAACACUCUACAAACCUGUAUUGGCCUUUCAGAUUCCAAUACUAAAUUACUGCUUUUGUGAAAGUCACAUCAAACGUUUUAAAAUCCGACUGUAAAGUGGAAGUUAUACGGUUUGCAAAUUUUCAUCAGCCUGAAAAGUAAGUACAAGCUUUGGUUAAAGCAAAGUACACUCGUACAUGUUAAUAAUGGUGUAGUCAAAAUAUUUAUUGAAAAGAAAAGGUAGACUAUUUUAAAUGUUGCACCUGCCAUUAUAUCUUAAAGCACAUUCUUCACACCUAACUGCCAGUGCCAUUAUCAAGUCUGUUUUAUAAGUGUACAUUUCUUCAAACUAAAAAGUGCAUAAUUAAAAGUAUUAUGUUACUGCCAUAUAGUGAUAUAAAACAUUUUAUAAUUGCCAAUUCAUUGUAACUAUUAUUUAUUUAAAAAUGAAUUGUAAGAAUGCUUUCUGAUCAAAUGAACCAGAGUUGUUUUAAAACCGUUCCCAUUAGCUUGUUUCUAAUGUAGCAUAAGCAAUGUCCUUGGGUUUGUUUAGAAUAAUUUUGCCAGUAGGUGACCAAUUCUAACCCGUUUUCCUCCGGUUUAGUCCUUUACCUGUUUUAAAGACUAUUUACAGAAGUUUAGUUUUUUGUAUGCUAAUCUCUGUUAAUUAAAAUGUUUAUAAAUUUUAUUUUUACCAAAGAGAUGCAAUUCAUUAUGACAAAAUAUUGCAGAAUAAACUUUGUUUUAUAACA